AUGGGUGUGCAUUGUGAAAUUAAUCUUUUCAAACCGACAGACGGAGCGUUUCUGCCAGGAAGUACCGUAAGUGGUGUCAUAAAAUAUGCGGUAGACGAAGAGACAGUUUUCAAUAAGAUAGAUGUUUCUCUAAAAGGCAACGGAAGACUCAUUAUACGUGAUGACUCUAGAAGGAGAAGGCGAAGCGUGUACACUUAUAGAAAUUCAGAAGAAUAUGUGGAUAUAGAGAAUAUUGUACACAAUGACGACAAGGCACCUCCUCUGCCAGCGGGUUCAUAUGAGUUCCCAUUUAGUUUCACACUGCCACAUAGUAUACCGGCUUCGUUGCAUUAUUACAGAAAAACUGUUAAAUACCGAAUAAGAUGUAUAAUCAAUUACUAUAUUUCUAUAAAGUUUCACAGGCCAGGACUCUUCAAGUUUGCCAAAAAGUUUAAGAAAGAGAUUACCGUUGUUCCUGCUAUCAAAGCCAGGCUUCCGAUGGAACCAACCAUAUACGGAGAACAGAAGAAACUAUUCCAACUCUUUUCACGUAAACCGAACAUCGUGAACAUAAAAGCAAACAUAGAAUGUUGCGUGAUCAAACGCGGCGGGCAUGUCAAUAUGAAUUACGAAAUUUUCAACCACACAGAUUUGAAUAUAAAAGGUGUGGAGACGAAACUGGUUGAGAUAUACACGUUCACAACUAAAGGACAUAGGAAGGUAAAAAUGUAUAGAGAUAUAGAGAAUACGGAUACAAAAACUGGUACAAUUAGCAGUGGUGUAUCGCAGAAUAUGGAUGUUACUAUAAAUGUGCCGUCUGAUCUUGGGUCACUGGAAUAUUCCAAUUUAGUAUCGAGAGAUUAUUUUGUUUAUAUAACAGCUAUUAUUCCGUUUCCUCAUUUCAAUGCUGUGUUAGAAGUGCCUCUCCAGAUUGGCGAUACCAACGACCCCAGUUUUGAGACUGUUGAUGACCCACCACCGUCUUAUUGGGAAGUAAUGGCGGAAGAUGAGAAGAAAGGUGAUGGUUUGAAAGAGGACGGUGAUAAUGAAGAUUCCGAAAACGAUGAAAUCUCUUGA